AUGAAGAUUGUGACAGGCGAUGAGUCUGGGCUUUUAAAAGUUACCACAAUCAAGCAACAGGCUAUUGUGCCUAUGCCAAAUAAAAAACUGAAAUCCAGCAUUUGUCGAGGGAAAUCUACCCCAUCUUCAAUUGAUUCCGAUGCUGAAGUAAAGAAGGAUGAAAUCCCACUCGUUAAAACUCGAGUUUUUGGAACAGUGGAUCGCAGUCGAAGCAUUCAAUUUCUUGCACAGAGUACUUUGGAUCCUAAUGUAGUUGUUAUUGCCAGAGUUUCAGGAAUUAUUGAGUGCGUCUCGAUUGAAACUGGAUCGAUUUUGAAGCGACAUACUUGCUUUCACCCUGCUCUAGAUGCAUCGAAACAAAAUGAACAAGCGCCUAGACUUUCGAUUGCUAAAAUCAGGAAACGACCCGAGCAUUUCAUUGGCCUUCAUGAGCACAAUGGAACAAUUAUAGCAUGCACCAAUACUGGUAAAAUAUUUUAUUUACAGCACAAGGACGACGAGGUUCAAAACAAGGAGCUUCCACAUGCUACUGCCUCGUUAGGAAUGGAUUGUCUAUCUAAAAUGAGAGUGCAUCCGCAUUUUCCACAUAUUUUUGCUACUGGUGGCGAAGAGCGAGAUCUGUGCGUGUGGGAUAUCAACAGUCUAUUUAAGCCAGCAGAGAUGAAUUCUGAAGAUCACGAUAAAACAGGAUGCAGUAUUCCAGAAAAGAAAUUGAAAAAGAAACGACAGGAGAAUGCAGAAACUCAGCCGUCAAUUGAUCCAAAUGAAUGUGAAAACAAUACUCUUCCAGUACUUGAACCAAUAUGGAUGGCCAAGAAUGUAAAGCACGACUUUCUGGAUAUGCGUGUUCCAGUAUGGAUAACUGAAAUCCAAUGGAUUGGAAAAGAUUCUCCUACACGGCUUGUUACUGGUACAGGACAUCAUCAAGUUCGAAUAUAUGACACAAAACUGCAACGACGACCCAUACUAGAUGUAAAUGUCGGCGAGCAUCCCAUUAAAAACAUAGCCAUAGGUUCUGAUGAACUCGAUAUCAUCUGUGCAGACACAACAGGUCAAAUGACAGUUAUUCAUGGCAAGUCAGGAGUGGUUUCAGGCAAAUUUUUGGGUAUUGCUGGAGCAGUAACGCAGGUGGUUUGCUGUGUAGACAAUGACACUGUUGUAACGAUUGGAAUUGAUCGUAAAUUGCGGUUGUUUGAACGAUCUGGUAAACGUCGAAUUACAAAAGAAGUAUAUUUGAAGCAACGUUUAACGGCCAUGGUUGUGGACGAAUAUUUCAGAGAUGAAACUGAAACUAGCAAUGAGACUAAUGAUGGCGAGAAACUUGAACAACGAAACGGAAACAAGAGCAUGGAUGAAAGCGAUAUACUGUGGGAAAGUAUUCCAAUUGUCGAUGAUGAUACGCCUGCAAAGAAAGAGUCUGUUUCUCUGACCCGAUCUAGUCAAACAAAGAGAAAGCAGCAUGCUUAA